AUGUAUCGGCGCCCCCGCUUCUCACAGAACGUGCUGAUGCUCACCACGCUGAGUGUGGUUCAACCCACCAGAGCUCUGCAUGGCUGUGUGUUGCUACUACUCUGGCCCUUCCAGGGCACUACGGGGUCUACGGCGAAGUGUCAGGAUCCUGGCAGCGCUCACUGCACCAUCUCCCUGGAGAAACUCCUGGACCGGGCCAUCCAACACGCUGAGCUCAUCUACCUGGUCUCAGAGGAGUCUCUCACCUUGUUUGAGGAGAUGUUUAUUCCCUUCCAUGUUCGAAUUCCGUUGAGUCGAACAGAGAACGCGUGCACCACCAGCACCUUAUCCAUCCCCACCUCCAGAAGUGAGGUCCAAGAAAACUCUGACAAGUGGCUUUUGCACUCCAUUCUGUUCCUAAUCAAGUUCUGGAUUGAUCCCCUGGUCAACCUGCAGACUUCGUUAGAUCGCUAUGACAACGCCCCCAUGGCACUGAUCAGCAAAACCAAGUGGAUAUCAGGCAAGCUGAUGAACCUGGAGCAAGGAGUGACCAUCCUCAUCCAAAAGAUGCUGGGUGAGGGUGCUGUGAUGCUGGAGCAGAACGAGAGCCUGGCAGACUACCCUGUGCAUUUUGACAUGUUAGAGUCGGUGCUCAGGGACUAUACCUUACUGACCUGCUUCAAAAAAGACACCCACAAGAUGGAGACCUUUCUCAAGCUGCUCAAGUGCCAGCGGAAAGGUGGCCUGGGCUGCUCUAUUUUAUAG